AGCCGGGAUGCUGAGGCUGAUGCCGCAAACAUCCACAUGUAAUGUGAGUAGAACCCACCGCCGGCCAUAGCUUGGGCAGACACCACAGGCAGGUUAAUCCUUUCCAGACGGGCAACCCUACUGCUGAAUACCAGUAACUGUGUGUGAGGUGGCAGGGAACGGGGCAGCUGGUGUGAUCAGCCUGACAGACUUAGUACACACCCCUUGUGAGAGUGUAAAGAAAGCACACGCCCCCUCACCUCACUGGUUCUGAUCACUAGUGUGAGGAGUCACUACUGAAACCAUCAGUCUGACAUCCCUGUGGACUGAGCUGCUUCUGCCGGACUGUGUUCUGAUCCAUCUCAUUCCUUCCACAUGGACUUGAAUAUUUAGCAUUUUUAAGUUAUUUUUUACAAUAAUAAUUUUUGUUGGCUUUUCCACCUGGGGAUUCUGGCACAUAAGGAAGAUAUCUACUGAAUCAACCUGCCUGGUAUCCAACACUCUCUGGGGACAAGAUGUGGACCUUCCUGGGGGUGGCCACCUUCACCUACGUGUAUAAGAAGUGCGAUGAGUUGUUGAACACCUCCCGGCUGGAGCUGAUUGUGGCCGGCUUGUUGUGCUGCACCGUGGGACUGGUCCUGUCAGUCCUCCACUAUAGGGGCAGGCUGGGCUCUAGGAAAUCAAUUGGACUCUCCAGGUUUCUGAAUGGGACAACACAACAGGGCAACCUGAGGCAGAAAGGAGCUAAAAAGAGCAAAACAGAGAAAGAUCUACUAGAAGCAGAAUCUGAAACCUUUGAUCCGGAAGUUGUUAUUGUGGGAUCCGGAGUUCUUGGCUCAGCAUUAGCCACAGUAUUGGCAAGAGAUGGCAGGAAGGUGGCAGUGAUCGAAAGGGACAUGAAGGAACCUGAUCGUAUAGUGGGAGAAUUACUGCAGCCUGGAGGAUACCAAGUUCUUAAGGACCUCGGUCUUGGUGAUGCAGUGGAAGGCCUGGAUGCCCAUGUCGUGCAUGGAUAUGUUGUGCAUGAUUUUGAGAGUAAAGCAGAAGUGGAGAUCCCUUACCCUCUGAAUGAAGAGAAACAGUUGCAGUGUGGACGAGCUUUCCACCAUGGCCGCUUUAUCAUGGGUCUCCGCAAACUUGCCCUGGCUGAGAGCAACGUUAGGUUCAUCGAAGGAACAGUGACGCAACUACUUGAAAAAAAUGACAUUGUGAUUGGAGCGCAAUACAGAGACAAAGAAACAGGAGAUACUAAGGAACUCCACGCCCCUUUGACGGUCGUUGCGGAUGGACUUUUCUCCAAAUUCCGGAAGAAUCUCAUUACUGGACAAGUCAAAGUAUCCUCUCACUUUGUGGGCUGUAUUUUGAAGAACUCACCACAAUUUAAAGCCAAUCACGCAGAGCUGGUCCUGGCCAACCCAAGCCCAGUGUUGAUUUACCAGAUAUCAUCGACUGAGACUCGUGUCCUGGUAGAUAUCAGAGGAGAAAUGCCCAAGAAUCUGAAAGAAUACAUGACCGAGCAGAUCCUGCCACAGCUUCCUGACCACCUGAAGGAUCCAUUUCACUUUGCAGUAGAAAACGACAGGCUGAGAACAAUGCCAGCAAGUUUCCUUCCACCCUCUCCAGUAAAUAAAAAGGGAGUUCUACUUCUAGGAGAUGCUUACAACAUGAGGCACCCACUGACAGGCGGUGGGAUGAGUGUGGUGCUGAAUGACGUAAUGAUUUGGAGAGACCUUCUUCAGGACCUGCCUGACCUGUCCCAACAUUCAGAUGUUUUACAGGCCAAAAAGUCAUUUUAUUGGUCUAGGAAGAAGUCCCAUUCCUUUGUAGUCCACGUGCUAGCCCAGGCUCUGUAUGAGCUAUUUGCUGCUACAGAUGAUUCCCUGUACCAGCUGAGAAGAGCCUGUUUCAACUACUUCAAGCUUGGAGGAGAGUGUGUCGCUGGUCCUGUUGGACUCCUGUCCGUGGUGUCUCCCAAACCUAUGUUGCUCAUUGGCCAUUUCUUUGCUGUGGCAUUUUACGCUGUCUACUUCUGCUUCAAGAAUGAGCCCUGGUUGACCAAGCCCAGAGCCUUGUUCAAAAGCACCGCUAUAUUGUACCGUGCCUGUUCUGUGAUAUUUCCUCUUAUAUACUCGGAGAUGAAGUAUCUGGUCUACUGAAACCACAUGCGGGACUGUGAGAUACUGAACAUGCAGGAUCCCUGAUAAAUCUGCAAUGUGGAACCCAAUGGUGCAAACAGGUUCAUCUUCACCGGUGACCUGACAGACUGCUGCUUUUGGUGCAAUUCCAAUGGUUAAUAGAGUUUACUCAUGACAAGAAGAAUUAUUAUGGAGUACAGCAUUUACGGUUACAAAUGGCAAUUAAUUUAAGGCAAAAGACUUCUGCUUGCAAUAUGGGACUAAGAAGAAAAUCUUUGGUGCAUUCAUGUGGACAAGACUUUAGGGAAUUGUCAGGAUCUUCCAUAAGUGAAAACAUAUUCCUAUUUCCAAUAUUUAUUUUUGCUUUGAAAACAUAUUCCUAUUUCCAAUAUUUAUUUGCUUUCAUUUAAAGCUGCAUUUGUAAAGGCCUCCAGCAUCCUAAAUAAUGGAAAAUUGGGGGCUAGCUUUACCUGUAAUAGCAUGCCCUGUGAAUUUCCUGGGCUCCUCUCUCUGCUAAUGCAUCUAAGCAUCUAAUGAAAUAUCUGCACUUGACUGAACCAAAUCCUUAUAUCUGCAGUAGACAAACCCAGAUGGAGUCGUGGAGUAUAAACUCAUCUACAACCAAUUAAUGCUACUGACUCUGGUGAAGGGGAUUGUCUGUUGGACUGUGCAUAGCAGAUGGUCAAAGCACAUACAGCCUCAGAACUCAGCACUGGCCUUCUCUACUCUAAGAACACAUUAGAAUUGAACAUUAUUACUUGGGACACAGUGCCCCUACACACCCUCUUAAUCAUUUUGUGAUUUUUCUUUUGGCACUUAAUUUACAAAAUGACACCCUUUCUUCUCAUUUUGUGUUGAAAAACUGCUGCUGGCAGUCAGACAAUGUCAAAAAUAACUUUUAUGAGAUGACGAUAAAAGUGCACAAGGCCUUUAAAAAGUCACAGUACACUAGGUGCCCUGGCCAGAAUCAAUCAAACACAAGACUCCAGUCCUGCAAAAUCAAUGCUAACCACUGGACCACCAUAUUGCUUUAGAUUCUACUUGCCUACCUUUCUUAGUUUACCUUCAACUUAAAGGGAUACUGUCAUGGGGAAAAAAAAAAUUCAAAAUGAAUCAGUUAAUAGUGCUGCUCCAGCAGAA